AACAAUUUUUCCUAGAACCUCCGCUACUCCUCAAUUCCAUUCUGAAAUUUCACCAUGUUCGAACGCUUACUGAAAUUCCAAUAAACUUUCUCCCGUCUCCUCCAUUACCCACCUCCAAGAACACCCCAAUUUGACAUUCCAUUACCCAUCAAGAAUCUUUCCGACCUCUUCCUACGCCUCUCUCUGAUACUCUCGCCAUUCCCUUUUCCUAAUUCAGUUCUUGUCUCUCAGAAUUCCGUAAUCACUAAGAGAAACAGAAAAAAAUGUUACAUGAGCUUCUACUGGCUCUACUGGGUUACACCGGCGACCUGAUAAUCGACGAAAGAGAGCACUACAACUCUCUAGGCUUAAACCACUUACCUCCCGAUGCCCCCAUUUCCGGCGAAUCCACCUUCAAGCUCGCAUCCGACAUCUCCUUUCUCGAGCCGAGCGAAAGGGAUCUUAUUCAGAGGAUCAUUGUAUUAGGAUUUUACUAUAGAGAGCUCGACCGCUUUGCUACUAAGUCUCGGAACUUGAGUUGGAUUCGUUCUGGUAAUGGGUCUUCGUUAGCCAAGUCUGCGGAGUCGUCUAAAGCUAAAACAGAAAACCCGAGUGUGUAUAGGAGGGCCAUAGCUAAUGGCAUUGUAGAGAUACUGUCCAUUUAUAGAUCUGCUGUUCUCCAUGUCGAGCAGAAACUGUUGUCUGAAACCGUGCCGAUUCUGGCAAUUGUCACGCAGGGCCUCGAUAAGUUCUUUGUUCUUUUCCCACCUCUGCAUCAACUGGUCUUAGAGAUUGAGCGCGACGAUAUUCGUGGCGGUCAACUACUUAAUCUUCUGCACAAACGCUGUCACUGUGGUGUGCCUGAAUUGCAGACUUGUAUUCAAAGGCUGCUUUGGCAUGGUCAUCAAGUAAUGUACAAUCAACUCGCAUCAUGGAUGGUUUACGGGAUCCUUCAAGAUAAUCAUGGAGAAUUUUUCAUCAGAAGGCAGGAUGACAGGGAGACAGAACAAGGCUCAUCUGUACAAGACAUGUCAGAGAAGUUAGGACGCUUAUCAACUGAUGAUUCUUUGACUGAUUGGCAUUUGGGAUUUCACAUUUACCUGGAUAUGCUUCCUGAUUAUAUCCAUAUGUGGGUUGCAGAGUCAAUUCUUUUUGCUGGUAAAGCCAUUAGGGUUCUUCGGAAUCCAAGCAAUGCCUUUUGGUGUCAGGGUGCUGGAUAUCAAUCACAUUCAAAUAUAUCUAGAGUACCUCUAAAUAUUAAAGGAAAUACAAGAAACUUUCCCCUUCAAAAGGAACCUUUUAUUGCCACAAAGCUAACUGGAGAAGAAUUGCUUCUACAGUCUGAAGCAGAUAAGAUAGAAGCCAUGCUCUUAGAUCUCAAGGAGGCAUCUGAGUUUCACAAGAGAUCAUUUGAGUCUGCUGUUGAUUCAAUUAGGGCUAUCGCAGCUAGUCACCUUUGGCAGCUUGUAGUUGUACGCGCUGACCUCAAUGGACACCUCAAGGCCCUAAAAGACUACUUCCUUUUAGCAAAAGGUGAUUUCUUCCAGUGUUUUCUCGAGGAAAGUCGCCAUUUGAUGCGUUUGCCCCCUCGCCAGUCGACCGCUGAAGCCGAUCUUAUGAUCCCAUUUCAGUUGGCUGCGACAAAGACUACAAGUGAGGAAGACAAAUACUUUUCAAGAGUAUCAUUGCGGAUGCCUUCAUUCGGAGUCAGAGUGAAGUCUACCCAGGAAAAAACUUACACUGAUGGAAACCCUGGUGCCGCACUAUCAAAUUUAUCUUCUGAUAUGUCUCUUGAUGGCUGGGAUGGUGUUGCACUUGAAUACUAUAUUGAUUGGCCCCUGCAGUUAUUCUUUACUCAAGAAGUGCUCUCUAAGUAUUGCAGGGUCUUCCAGUAUUUACUGCGGCUGAAACGAACACAAAUGGAAUUGGAGAAGUCGUGGGCGUCUCUAAUGCACCAAGAUCAUGCUGAUUUUGCCCAAAACCGCAGAGCUCAACGUGAUGGAUCAGUAUCUUCACAUCAAAGGCAGCGAUUUAGACGGAUGUGGCGUGUUAGAGAACAUAUGGCAUUCUUGAUCAGAAAUCUUCAGUUUUAUAUCCAGGUUGAUGUAAUUGAAUCUCAAUGGAAUAUUUUGCAAGACCAUAUCCAAGAUUCUCAUGAUUUUACCGAUCUCGUGGGGUAUCAUCAAGAGUAUUUAUCUGCUUUAAUUUCACAGUCAUUCUUGGAUAUCGGUUCUGUAUCGAGGAUACUGGAUGGCAUAAUGAAGCUUUGCCUGCAGUUUUGUUGGAGUAUAGAAAAUCAAGACAGUAGUUCAAACCCUUCUGAACUGGAGCACCUAACUGAGGAAUUCAAUAAGAAAUCCAACUCCUUAUACACAAUAUUGCGAAGUAGCAGGCUGGUUGGGAGUCAGAGGGCCCCAUUCUUGAGACGGUUCUUGAUGCGUUUGAACUUCAAUUCCUUUUUUGAGGCGACUGCAAGAGGGGUGCUAAACGUUGUCAGAGCUCGUCCGGCAGCUCUCCCAGUCCUAAAUCAACAAUAGCACCACUGCUUCUCUUGCAAUUCUGAUGUUCUCAAAUGCUCAUUUCUGUAAAAUUAAUCUUGCUAGGUGAGUUCGAAUCACUUUCUCUCUCUCUCUCUUUUUUUUUUUGGAACAUCUCUGUUGAUGAAAUUGGAAAUGGGAGUGAGUAUUUUCAAUACAAAAUUUGUAGGGAAUGGGGUUUUAAAUGGAGAUGGAAAUUUUUCUCUUGUAAUUUAUAAUUUGAUAUAUUUUUACACGUUCAACCA